AUGACCUCCGACCUGGUGUGUUUGGGUGUUUCUGAUACGUUCCCGGCUUGCAUGGUUGAAGCAUUAGAUACUCGCCAUGGGACUGACGACAUUUCAAGCCUGUCCAUUCUGUCGCCUGUAGAUACAGGCGAGGCGAGUGCGUAUACAUCCAGGACGAUGCCAACACAUGCAGCCGGUGGAAAGUCAACUCUACCCGCGUCCAAACCUAACAGUGUGCAAAGGCUCCCACAAGAGGUGUCUGAAGUUGCUGGCAAGGCAGGUUCGCACACAUCCAGGGCGACUGCAACGCAAGCAGCUGUUGGAAAGAAAAGUCCGCCAUCCAAGCCCCCACAAGAGGUGUCUGCAGUUGCUGGCAAGGCAGGUUUGCGCACAUCCAGGGCGACUGCAACGCGAGCUGUUGGAACGUCAAGUCCGCCAUCCAAGCCCCCACAAGAGGUGUCUGCAGUUGCUGGCAAGGCAGGUUCGCGCACAUCCAGGACGACUGCAACGCGAGCAGCUGUUGGAACGUCAAGUCCGCCAUCGAAGCCCCCACAAGAGGCGUCUGCAGUUGCUGGCAAGGCAGGUUCGCGCACAUCCAGGACGACUGCAACGCGAGCUGUUGGAACGUCAAGUCCGCCAUCCAAGCCCCCACAAGAGGUGUCUGUAGUUGGUGGCAAGGCAAGGUCGCCAACAUUCAGGGCAACUGCAACACGUGCAGCUAUUGGAAAGUCAAGUCCGCCCGCAUCCAAGCCCCCACAAGAGGUCUUUGCAGUUGCUGGCAAGGCAAGGUCGCCUACAUCCAGGGCGAGUGCAACACGUGCAGCUAAUGGAAAGUCAAGUCCGCCCGCAUCCAAGCCCCCACAAGAGGUGUCUGCAGUUGCUGGCAAGGCAAGGUCGCCUAUAUCCAGGGCGAGUGCAACGCAUGCAGCUGUUGGAAAGUCAAGUCCACAGGCAUCUAGCCCUAGCAGAGGUCAAAGUCACCCAGCAGAUGGGGGCUAUCCGGCGCACGUGGGGGUCCAAACAGUAGCAAGGGCCAUCCCUCGAGCCAUCCGCAGUUCCAAGUACGACGCCUCUCCCAAGAUGGAGGAGGUGAACCUCCUGCGGUUUCCGGGUCUGCAGGGUGCCCUGGCCGAGUACGCCGCGGGCGCUUCGGGGCCAAAGAGCCUGGCGCGGGCCGUCAUCGCCGCGCUCUUCGACGCGGAGUUCCGGGGAUCGAAGCGCUGGGAGGUGAACGCCGCCUGUGCCACCGAAGCGCCCGACCGGAAGGAUGUCUUUCAGUGCGAGAAAAGCGCAGAGUACGACUGGAAGGAUAUCUCCUCGGUGGCCUCUGCCAAAGCCCUGAUCCAUGUGACCCCUGAGCUGAUCAGCAUCCACGACUACUCCUAUUAUGUGCAGCGCCUGGCGAGCUGCACGCGGGGCCAGGCCAUGGUGGCGCCCUUGAAGAGCUACGACCGCGCCAGGGCCAAGGUGAUCACGCGCUAUGGCGGCGACAGUUCCUGCAUCACGGAUGUGAUGAGGGCCUCCAUCGUGUAUCCCACCAUCGCGGAGGUCUACUCGGCGCUGAAGUUCAUCCUGAAGGAGGACCGGCAGCAGCCGAGGGCCGACUUGAAGGUCAUGGAGGUGAACGACCGGUUUCAGUUUGGCGAUGGCUACAGAGACCUCACCUUGCUCUUCGAGAUGAGUGGUGUGAUUGUCGAAGUGCAGAUGCAGAUCAAAGGCAUCCAGGAUGUGAAGAAGUCCGGGGGGCACAAGGCCUACCGCGUGCAGCGGGAGGUGAACGAGCUCAUCUUUGAGGCAUCUGUGCAGAACAGCGAGGAGGACGUGGUGGAGCUGGUGAAGGCCUACAGCGUCUCCGGCCAGGGGACCAAGGACAAGAACGGCCGCAGCGCGCUGCACUACAGCCUCCACCACGGCGCGCUGCGGGCCUCCCGGGCGCUGCUGGCUGCAGGAUCUGACCCCUGGCUGGAGGACGACCACGGGGUGCUGGGCUUUGAGCUGUCGCUGAAGAACAAGGCCUGGGCGGCCUUGGAGCUGGUGCUCUCCGCCAUGCUGCGGAAGGGCCCCCGCACGCGCAGCCGCUUGGCGCGGCUGGCCCAGAACGUGCCGUGGUGGUGCGCCAAUGUGGUGCGGCUGCAGUCGGGCGACGACCUCUUGAGGUGGAGAGAAGCAGGACGGCUCCUGGUGAUGGUGCUGCGACACUAUGAGGCGCUGCAGCUGUUGGAGCCUUACCUCUUGGAGCUGGCCCAGACUGGCGACAGCAAGGCCUUGCGCGCGCUCAUCGGCGCGGGGGCGGACCAGGUCCUGUCGCCAGGCGCGGAGUCCUUGCUGGACUAUGCCAUCAAGAGCGGGCAGGUGGAGAUGGUGAAGAUGCUGGUGUGCAUGCAGCUGGGGGAUGGCACCCCGUUCUGCGCCCACUGCUUCAAGGAGUCGCCACACGUGCACCUGAAGAUUGCGGCGAAGCUUCAAGAUGUGGCCUAUGCCAAGGCGGCUUUGGUGGCUGGUGCAGACCCACGCUCCAUGGACUCCCGGAACGUGGGGAAGAGGACGGCGCUGAUGAGCUUCGCCUUCGCCGGGGAGCUGGGGCUCUGUGAGGAGCUGGUGGAAGCCAAGGCGGAGGUGCAGUGGAUCGAUGGAUCAUGCUGCAACGCCAUCCACUACGCUUUGGCCUUGAAGCAGGACGAGGUGGCCCAGUACCUCCGCGAUCUGCGAGUCGUCACUGAGGUGCCGCUGAAGCACGGCAGCCCCAAAGACGUCGUGCAGUACCUGCUAAAGGCGGCCCAGGAGGGCUGCUGCGGUGCAAUCUACCGGGGCCAGGAGUCCUUGCGGAGCCUUCAGUUCUCCAAGAUCGACACUGGCCAGUGGAAGGAGGCGCUCAGGGAGCGCUUCGGGCCCUCGAAGUGGACGCUGCUGCACUACGCGGUGAAGGUCUUGCGCAGCGCGGACCCUGCCGGCCAGGUCUGCCGGGCCCUGCUGGCGGCAAAGGCAGACCCUCGCCUCGCCGACGCGGACGGGGAGACCCCGCUGCAUUGGGCCGCCGCCGGGGGACACGCUAAGGCCUACGAGCAGCUGGUGCAAGCAGCAUAUCGCUUGGAAGCCGAGCACAGAGGCCCAGCGGCAGAGCCUCUGGAGCCAUUGCUGCAGGAGACGCAGAAGGCACUGCGGCGGCAGCUGCUGCGAGACACGCAAGGCACAGCCGCCAAAGAGGUGGCGGACGAUGAUGCGAAGUGGCUGCAGGCAGGGCUCUUGGCCUUCAAGCACGCGGUGCUCUUCCGGCGCUUGGUGGGUGAGAGCCAGGAGCCUCGCGUCGCAGCCCCCAAGCGGGUCAUGAAGAAAAAGACCACCACCGUCAGCAGAGGCCUGCGGCGCCGGCCCUCCGGGGACUUCAACUCGCCAGGGAGCUCACAGAAGACACUGAGAUGCCAGAAGACGCUGUCGGAAUCUUCAGGAGCAAGAAUUGCCCUGGUGCCAGACGGAGGUUCCAGCAGCUCCCGCCGUCCCAGUUCAAGCCCCAUGUCGCGACCAGCCUCCGCGAGCAGCGAGAAGAAGACUCGCAUUGGCUUCACGGACAAGCCCGACAAGUGA